AUGUUUCGUCAGGUAGUUGUGGUUAUAGUGGUCCUUUUGGGCCUGAGCGGGACGCUGGAGGUUUUAGACCGCAGCCGGCGCACGCAGACAGCUGCCAGUGCUGGGUAUGCCCACGUUUCCUCGGGCAUAAUCGACGCCGACGCAGAAGAGUACUACAGACUCGGGCUGACACCCCACCACUCCAUCGAGGUCACCACGUUAGCGGGCGACGCCGUGGUGGACAAGACCGUCUUGCACGGCAGGUUUUUGCACAUAACCGACUUUCACCCGGACGAACUGGCGAAAAUUGGUGCGUCGUUCGAAAACAGGUGUCACCGCAAAGACAAGCAGGCUCUGCCCGACGAGGUGAUGCACCGGUACGGCGACGCCCUGAGCGGCUGCGACUCACCGCUGGAGCUGUACGAGGCGACUCUGCAAUGGAUUCGGGACAAUCUGAAGGACAAGAUCGAUUUUGUCGUCUGGACCGGGGACAACGUUCGGCACGACAACGACCGCAAAAACCCCCGUUACGAGGGCGAGAUAUUCUCCAUGAACGAGAAGGUGGCCGAGAAGAUGAGCAGCAUUUUCAUGGACGACGGCGAGGAGGACACCAUGCCGCUGGACCGCCGCGUCAAGAUCGUGCCCAGUCUGGGCAACAACGACGUGUAUCCGCACAACCUGUUUGCUCCGGGCCCCACGUUGCAGACGAGAGAGCUGUACAAGAUCUGGCGCAACUUUGUCCCCACGGAACAGCUGCACACGUUCGACAGGGGAGCCUAUUUCUUCAGAGAGGUUAUACCCAACAAGCUGGCCGUGGUGUCCAUAAACACGCUGUACCUGUUCAAAUCGAACCCGUUGUGCGAUAACUGCUAUAACCGCAAGGAGCCCGGCUACAAGCUGUUCCAAUGGCUGGGGUUUGUGCUCAAGGAGCUGCGCAAACGCAACAUGAAGGUCUGGCUCACCGGCCACGUUCCGCCGGUGCCCAAAAACCUGCAUUACAGCUGCCACGCCAAGAUGAGCGUCUGGCAGCACGAGUACAGAGACAUCAUCAUUGGCUCGCUGUACGGCCACAUGAAUAUCGACCAUUUUGUGCCGCUGGACUCUGUCAAGUCCUGGAGAACCAUCGAGAAGAGACUGGGCAAGCUGGACUACGAUACGUACGGCGACGACGACGAGACGGACGAUGUGGGACUAUACGAGGAUUUCGGGCUGCUCGACGACGAUUUCGAGAUCCAACGCGGCUCGCGGCGCUACGACAACGCCCCUAACGGAAAAGUGACGUAUCUGGAAGACGUACGAGACAGACUUUAUGCCAAGCUCAAGGGGCCCAAAAAGGCCGGCCAAAACGGCGAGCGGUACUCGUUCGCGCACGUUACCGCGUCUGUGGUGCCCACGUUCAACCCUGGGUUCCGUGUCUGGGAGUACAACGUGUCGGAGCUGUACAGCAGCGAAGCCAAACAAUUUGAGCCGUGGGAGCACUUUUUUGCUCGGCUCGAGGAGGAGCUGGCCGCAGAGGACAAUCGGGAUACUCUGGACGCGGAAGCGUCCAAAGACAAGACGAUUCCGCCAAUCAUGCCGUCAGAUCUGCCUCUGGGCCCAGCGUACACGCCCCAGCUAUUUUCGCCAGAGAGAUACACCCAAUACUACGUCGACCUGGACUACGCGGCCAAACACCCGGACUGGAAAUUCGAGUACGAGGUGGAGUACUCGACAGACGACGACGAGUACCAGAUGGACAGCUUGCUGGUCUCAGACUGGCUGAAGAUGGCGCGGAAGCUGGCGAAGUCCGCCGCUGUUGCUGCCGACGACGUGGAAACUGCUGGAGCGAAAAAACUGUGGAAAACUUAUCUGAACCGCGCCUUCAUAGACACCGGCUACCAGGACCUGCCGGUGGCCAACAAGUGA